UAGAAAUUUAUUAUGUUUGCCAAAGAAAUGGAGGAAAUCCCAGAUGAGCACAAUGCUAUUGCAAGACCUUGAAACAAUAGACAUUAUAGCGAAACAAAGACAAGUCUGCUAGUGCUAGACAAAGGGCAUGUUCGGGAAGAUGAAAAAGACAUUUUUGUUCAAGAGCUCAAGAUUUAUUCUAUAUCUAAAUCACGCCAGCACUCAGUAAAGAUUAAGUUAGACGGAGGACUAGGCACCCCUAAACUUGACCACAGGAAGUUUAAUAUGGCCUCUUCAUCAAUAAUUUCCAAUUCAUCAGAUGGUAUGAGGAAGCUUAGUAGAUUUAGUAAAAGGUAUAAAUCAAACUGUACUACACCCUCAAAGAGAAAGAAGGGAAAGAAGAUAACUCGAGUACGGAAAAAUAAGAGAAUGUCUAAAGCUAAAAGUAAUUUCAGCCGCAAGAGGAGAGGAAUGAAUCCUGCUGGCAACUUUCUUGCUCUCAACUCCAGCUAAAGCAUGGCUCACUAACAUCAUUGAUACUAUAAAGACCAGUAAACCUUAUAAUUAUGUAUAAAUAUCUCUG